GAGGUGCUGCAGGACCAGCUGUACCCUAUUACACCUGAUGAAGCAGGUGGGAGAAGCUAAGGGCCUGCUGCAUUUGCUCACUAAAAAGCUGCAGCAAAAGUUCAAGGAUGACCUCUCAGCCAGUCCCCAGCUGUUUAAUCCCAUGAGCCCUUAUGAUGUGGACCUUCCAAUUCAAGUAGCCGAAGAUGUGUCAUUUGGUUCUCAGUUUAAUCAGCCCAAAGAUCUUCCUGCAGACUUCUCCUCUGUGGACCUCAGCUUUCUUCCAGAUAUUACCCAAGAUAACAAAGAACAAAAUCCAUCUAAAGGUGGUCAUGAAAUGCAAGGAGGGCUCGAUGGAUCGGUACCAAGAAAUGAGGACAGUGGGAUCUUCAUGGAGGAAAGCAGCUCGUCGUACCCAGAUGCAACCCAGCCAAGCCCAGGAGAACCCGGUGUGUGUCCUCCCCUGACACCAAUGACUCCUAUGACCCCAGUGACACCUGCAUCAGAGAGCUCUGGCAUAGUUCCUCAGUUACAGAAUAUUGUGUCCACUGUAAACUUGGCUUGUAAGCUAGAUCUGAAGAACAUAGCUCUGCAUGCCAGAAAUGCGGAGUAUAACCCAAAGAGGUUUGCUGCUGUGAUCAUGAGGAUCAGGGAACCACGAACAACGGCCCUUAUCUUCAGCUCAGGAAAAAUGGUCUGCACAGGAGCAAAAAGUGAAGAGCAGUCACGGCUCGCAGCAAGGAAGUAUGCACGUGUGGUGCAGAAGCUGGGAUUCCCUGCCAAGUUUCUGGACUUCAAGAUCCAGAACAUGGUGGGGAGCUGUGACGUGAGGUUCCCCAUCCGACUGGAAGGGCUGGUUCUCACCCACCAGCAGUUCAGCAGCUAUGAACCCGAACUGUUUCCUGGCCUUAUUUAUAGGAUGGUCAAACCAAGGAUAGUGUUGCUUAUCUUUGUGUCGGGAAAAGUUGUUCUGACUGGAGCAAAAGAGCGUUCUGAAAUCUACGAGGCGUUUGAGAACAUCUAUCCCAUUCUUAGAGGUUUCAAGAAAGCAUCAUAACACAGCCUGUAAAGUAGAUUGGAAUAAUGUAUGGGGUUUGUAUUGCCUAGACAUGGAAGAGAAGCCAAGGCUAUUCCUGGACCCAAACAUAUAGAUGUGGAUGAUGAAAAUGAUGUUAUUGUGAAUGCUAUAAAUGCUGAUCCCUUCCUACAGUUUGUGAAAUGCUUUUUGCUUGCAGAUUUGCGGUCCCGUAAUUCACUUCAGUUCUGACAACUUCCGUCAGGCAGAGAAACUUACCAAACUAAUGCACUUUUAAUAGUAUGCAUAAUAAGGCUGCAUUUAGUUUGUAAUUGACGCCUUCUAUCUUUUCCCUGUUGAACAGGUGAAUUAAUGCUGCACUUCAAAUUAGCUUCCUCAAAAUCUUCAGCUUGAAGUACUGGUAACCCAGCUCCUGCAACGUUGUAUUUUCAU